UUGAUUUCGUAAAUAAAACACAAACAUAAAUAUUCCGAAGUUCAUUCUGUUAACGCUAUAAUGUCUACAAGCUUAACAAUCAACUUAAAGAGACCCAGCAAAAUAUAUCAUGAGGGGGAAGUGAUCGCCGGCGUGGUGGUGGUGGAGAGCCCGGGCGACACGCGACACGAGGGCCUCACGCUCGUGGCCGAGGGUGCGGUCAAUCUGCAGUUGAGCUCCAAGAAUAUAGGCCUCUUUUCAAACACCUUGAAGCCAAUCAACCUGUUAAAUACAUCAGUAGAGUUGGCUCCUCCAGGCAAGAUCCCAGGCGGUGUUACAGAGAUCCCAUUCGAGAUCCCGCUGCGGGCGCGGCAGGCCACGUCUCCGGGGUACCCGGGGCUGCUGGAGACCUACCAUGGGGUGUUUGUCAAUAUUAUGUACACACUCAAGUGCGGGAUGAAGAGGUCUUUCCUGAAUAAGCCGUUGAAUGCCAGCUGCCAGUUUUUUGUGCAACAUAGACAUCAAGAGCCCCCAGUAGUGAAGCCAGUGCGCUGUGAGAUCAGCCCGGCCUCCGUCCGCGCCGGCGGCGGCGCGCGCGCCCCCAUGCCCGCCUUCACCAUCUACGCUGAGAUCGACUCCACGGUCUGCCCGCUAGACAAGCCCCUCACCGGCAAGAUUCGCGUGGACGAGUGCUCUGUGCCGAUCAAGUCCAUCGAGCUGCAGCUGGUACGAGUUGAGACCUGCGGAGAUUCUGAAGGGUUUUCGAGGGAUGCAACGGAGAUCCAGAACAUCCAAGUAGGAGAAGGUGACGUAGCGCGAUCGAGGGACAUCCCUCUGUACAUGGUGUUGCCGAGACUCUUCACCGCACCCACAACCGCAACCGUGCACUUCAAAAUCGAAUUUGAAUUGAACAUCGCCGUGAUUUUUGAAGAUGAUUAUUUAGUGACAGAAAAUUUUCCUAUACUGCUUCUGCGAAGUAGAUAGCGCAAUAGAGAGCGACGUGGGACCAAGAAUAUUUUUAAGAGCGUUUAUUUACAUACAACGUAGUAUUUACAUUUUGUAAUAUUGAUGUUAAGUUUUAUCUUUAUUA